AUGGACCAAGUAAACAGCUCUGUGGUAACGGAAUUUGUAUUACUAGGACUUACACAUUCCUUAGGAAUGCAACUCUUUCUUUUUUUUUUCUUCUCUCUAUUCUAUGUGGGAAUUAUUCUGGGAAACCUCUUCAUUGUGUUCACAGUGAUUUUUGAUUCUCACCUCCACUCCCCCAUGUAUAUUCUUCUCGCCAACCUAUCACUCAUUGACCUAGGCCUUUCAUCUACCACAAUUCCUAGGAUGAUAUCUGAUCUUUUCAGUGACUGUAAAAUCAUUUCCUUCCACAACUGCAUGAUACAAAUGUUCUUUAUCCAUGUCAUGGGAGGAGUUGAGAUGGUGCUGCUCAUCGCCAUGGCAUAUGACAGGUACACAGCAAUCUGCAAGCCUCUCCAUUACCUAACUAUCAUGAAUCACAAAAUGUGUAUGCUUUUGGUAGUGGCUGCUUGGAUCACUGGAGUGAUUCAUGCUAUGUCUCAGUUUGCUUUUGUCAUAAAUUUACCUUUCUGUGGUCCUAAUAAUGUGGGGAGUUUUUACUGUGAUCUUCCUCGAGUUAUUAAACUUGCUUGCAAGGACACUUAUAGACUAGAAUUUGUGGUUACUGCCAACAGUGGCAUCAUCUCGAUGGGAACCUUCUUUUUCUUAAUUGCAUCAUAUAUUUUUAUUCUGGCUACUGUCAGACAACAUUCUUCAAAGGACUUAUCUAAAGCAUUCUUCACUUUAUCAGCUCAUAUUACUGUAGUGGUUUUGUUUUUUGUUCCAUGCAUGUUUCUCUAUGUGUGGCCUUUCCCUAUAAAGUCACUGGAUAAUUUUUUUGCCAUUGUGGACUUUGUUGUCACUCCAGUAUUAAAUCCUGCUAUCUAUACUUUAAGGAACAGAGAUAUGAAGCUGGCAAUGAGAAGGCUAAGUCGACAGGUAGUAAGUUCUAAGGACAUGACAUGA